UUACGGCCAUACACAGUGAAAAGCACCGGAACCCGUCCGAUCUCCGAAGUUAAGCCACUGAUGGCCCAGUCAUUACCUGGAAAUAAAACAUUUUUCCCGUUAAUUGUCGAAACCAAAGCCGAGAAAGAACAUAAUAACAAGCGCCUUUCUAGAUUUGGGUUUAAAACUUUUUUCGUAAAAAUGCAAGAUAUAACGUUGAAGUAUGGCGCUUUGGACGAUCAUCAUUUCGGUAUCAACGUUGUCAGAGUUAUCUUUAUCCUUGAUUUAGAUCUCUUGGUGCCAAAACUUAUCAUAAAAGCGUGA